AUGCUUCGUCCUCUUGGGCGCCGGCCUUGGACAUGCCGACAAUGUCUCCUACAGCGCCAAACCCGCGCAUUUGAAAGCGCCGCAUCGCAGGCUCCCCGAUCACACAUCAACAGUAUACCAACAGAUAAUAGCGCUCCGAGGAAGAACGUCGAUGACGAAACAUUGCGCCGCAUCUUUGACUCGCAGAACUUUUGGAAGGACUUCUCGCAACAACGAUCCGCGGAUGUUUCAAAGCGAGCCGGAUUAGUUCAGAACCAAUACUUGACAAGCCCGGAUGGUUUCAGGGCGUUCGCAAAUGCGUCGCUACAGAAAUGCCAGGUGAUUGUGGCCAAGGUUCUAGCGGCCGAGACACUGGACGAAUAUCGGGCAUUGGCACGGAAUCUAGACCAGCUCAGUGAUCUCCUAUGCAGGGUUAUCGACCUUUCGGACUUCAUUCGAACUAUUCAUCAUGAUCCGCGAAUCCAAGAAGCAGCGACGCAGGCGUACGCUCUAAUGUUUGAAUAUAUGAAUGUGUUGAACACUACCACUGGCCUUCAUGAACAACUCAGCAUCGCCUUGUCUAAACCUGAAGUCACAUCACAUUGGUCCGAAGCAGAGACUAUUGUCGCCCAGAUUCUCAUGAGGGAUUUCACAACAUCUGCAAUUCAUAUGCCGCCAAGUGAGCGACAACGAUUUGUGAACCUCUCAAACGAUAUCAGCCAGGUUGGUUCCGCUUUCUUCAAUGGCGCGGAGCCAGCUAGAUCUCAAAUCACAUUCCACGCGAACGCACUUCAAGGACUGGAUCCCAUUGUGGUGCAGCAAAUCAAGAAAUGGAAUAACAAAGCGCCAGUGCCGACUGCUGGAGUCGUUCCUCGGCUUGUCCUACGAUCCGUGCGAGAUGAAUCGGUCAGGAAGCAAACCUAUCUUGCGACUAGAACUUCUAGCUCACGCCAGAUUCACCGUUUGGAGAAACUAUUAACGAAGCGAGCUGAACUAGCAAAGCUCUCAGGGUUCAAUAGUUUUGCUGAUAUGACUCUGAGUGAUAAGAUGGCUAAGAACCCUGAGGCUGUGUCAAAUUUUUUGACAUCACUUAUCUCGAGCAAUAAGGGUCCUGUACAAGAGGAGUUGGCCCAAUUGCAGCAGAUGAAGGGCAGCGGGCUCCAGCCAUGGGAUCAUGCUUAUUAUGUUCAUAAGCGUGUGCUGGAAUAUUCCCAGUCCCGUCGAUCUCGUGAGCUGAGCAUUGUUCCUGAGUUCUUUUCUUUGGGAACAGUCAUGCAAGGACUUUCACGACUUUUCGAUCGUCUUUAUGGUGUUCGUCUCGUUCCUCAGGAAACAACUGCUGGUGAGACCUGGCACCCGGACGUUCGUCGUUUAGAUGUGGUAGAUGAGUCGAACAGACAUAUCGCAGUUGUAUACUGUGACUUGUUCAGUCGACCAAGUAAACACCCGAAUCCAGCACAUUUCACAUUGCGGUGCUCGCGUGAGAUUUCCGCUGAGGAAAUCGCCGAGUGUGCCUCAUUGGAUCGGUCUGCACACCCGAACGAUGGCAUGGCGACAGCAGUGGACCCGCAAACAAACACCCUGCGCCAACUGCCGACAAUUGCGCUUGUCUGUGACUUCCAGGAGCCAGUGAGCAAUGGCUCAGGCCGACCAACUCUCUUGAGUGAGCAGAGUGUGCGCACUCUGUUCCACGAGAUGGGUCACGCUGUGCAUUCCAUCCUCGGACAGACUCCUCUUCAGUCUAUUUCCGGCACUCGGUGCGCGACUGACUUCGCUGAGCUUCCCUCAGUCCUGAUGGAGAGCUUCGCUACUGCUCCAGAGGUCCUUUCCCUCUAUGCCCGGCACUGGAGUACUGACGAGCCCUUGUCCGAAAGCAUGAUGCGCAGCAUGGAAAUGGACCGUACAGCCCAUGGUUCCAUCUACGGCGCCGUUGAAAACGAGUCGCAAAUCCUCAUGGCUCUCGUCGACCAGGCUUACCACUCUAUUCCCAGCGCCGAGGCUCUGAAGAAUGGUGUUGACACCACCGAAAUAUACCACCAGGUGUUCUCCCAGCACUCCAGCUUGCCGGAUCCAGAAGAUGUCCGACCCCGGACUUCUUGGCAGGGCUUCUUUGGCCAUCUUUACGGCUAUGGUGGCACCUACUACAGUUACAUCUUCGAUCGUGCCAUUGCCAAUAAGAUCUGGCAGGAUGUCUUCCAGUCUGGGAGGACAUCUGUUGACCGGGCUGCAGGCGAGCGUUAUAAGAAUGAAGUACUCCGCUGGGGCGGUGGACGCAGUGGCUGGCAAUGCGUUGCUGGUGUUUUGGGCGAUGCGAACCCCUCCAAUGCAGAUGGUCGCUUGGUGGAGGGUGGUGAUGAGGCCAUGCGCGAAGUUGGUCGCUGGGGGCUGGGUCGAGAUGGAGGGUCCGUGUAA